AAUAUUGAGGAAGAUAUCCUGGAAUUUUUUUUGGGGGGGGUAAAAUCCUGGAGUUUUUUGAUUUUUUUUUGGAGCAGAAAUCCUGGAAUUUCCGAAAUCCUGGAGCCGUCACCUGGGCUCCAUCUCCUCGUCCCCAAACCGAAGGGAGGCAGUGGGGGGGGGGGGGCGGGGGUUCAUUCUGUUUCCCCCCCAGCCCCCCUCGAUGACCCCGGUGCCGUUUUCUGGCAGAAUAACCCCAAAAUCAAGGACAUCCUGGGCAAGUCGAAGGGGCAGCCCAAAAAGCGGCUGACGCACGUCUACGACCUGUGCAAGGGGAAGAACAUCUGCGAGGGCGGCGAGGAGAUGGACCACAAAUUUGGGGUCGAGCAGCCCGAGGGCGACGAGGACCUGACCAAGGAGAAGGGCCACGGGGGCUGCGGGCGGUACCAGCCGCGGAUCCGGCGCUCGGGGCUGGAGCUGUACGCGGAGUGGAAGCACGUCAACGAGGACUCCCAGGAGAAGAAGAUCCUGCUGAGCCCCGAGCGCGUGCACGAGGUGCUGAAGCGCGUGUCGGACGAGGAGUGCUUCGUGCUGGGCAUGGACCCCAAAUUCGCCCGGCCCGAGUGGAUGGUCUGCACUGUGCUGCCCGUGCCCCUCGCCGUGCGCCCCGCCGUCGUCAUGCAGGGCUCGGCGCGCAACCAGGACGACCUGACGCACAAGCUGGCCGACAUCGUGAAGAUCAACAACCAGCUGCGGCGCAACGAGCAGAACGGGGCGGCCGCGCACGUCAUCGCCGAGGACGUCAAACUGCUGCAGUUCCACGUGGCCACCAUGGUGGACAACGAGUUGCCCGGGCUGCCCCGCGCGAUGCAGAAGUCGGGGCGGCCGCUGAAGUCGCUGAAGCAGCGGCUGAAGGGCAAGGAGGGCCGCGUGCGGGGCAACCUGAUGGGCAAGCGCGUGGACUUCUCGGCCCGCACCGUCAUCACCCCCGACCCCAACCUGGCCAUCGACCAGGUGGGCGUCCCCCGCUCCAUCGCCGCCAACAUGACCUUCGCCGAGAUCGUCACCCCCUUCAACAUCGACCGGCUGCAGGAGCUGGUGCGGCGGGGGAACAGCCAGUACCCGGGGGCCAAGUACAUCAUUAGGGACAACGGGGACCGCAUCGACCUGCGCUUCCACCCCAAACCCAGCGACCUGCACCUGCAGACCGGCUACAAGGUGGAGCGGCACAUGUGUGACGGGGACAUCGUCAUCUUCAACCGGCAGCCCACGCUGCACAAGAUGUCCAUGAUGGGGCACCGCGUGCGCAUCCUGCCCUGGUCCACCUUCCGCCUCAACCUCAGCGUCACCACCCCGUACAACGCGGACUUUGACGGGGACGAGAUGAACCUGCACCUGCCGCAGUCGCUGGAGACGCGGGCGGAGAUCCAGGAGCUGGCCAUGGUGCCGCGCAUGAUCGUCACCCCGCAGUCCAACCGCCCCGUCAUGGGCAUCGUGCAGGACACACUCACCGCCGUCCGCAAGUUCACCAAGCGCGACGUCUUCCUCGAGCGCGGCGAGGUGAUGAACCUGCUGAUGUUCCUGUCGACGUGGGACGGGAAGGUGCCGCAGCCCGCCAUCCUAAAACCCCGCCCGCUGUGGACGGGGAAACAAAUCUUCUCCCUCAUCAUCCCCGGGCACAUCAACUGCAUCCGCACACACAGCACCCACCCCGACGACGAGGACAGCGGGCCCUACAAGCACAUCUCCCCCGGGGACACCAAGGUGAUCGUGGAGAACGGGGAGCUGAUCAUGGGCAUCCUGUGCAAGAAGUCCCUGGGCACGUCGGCCGGCUCGCUGGUGCACAUCUCCUACCUGGAGAUGGGCCACGACACCACGCGCCUCUUCUACAGCAACAUCCAGACCGUCAUCAACAACUGGCUGCUCAUCGAGGGGCACACCAUCGGCAUCGGGGACUCGAUCGCGGACGCGAAGACGUACCAGGACAUCCAGAACACCAUCAAGAAGGCCAAGCAGGAUGUCAUCGAGGUGAUCGAGAAGGCUCACAACAACGAGCUGGAGCCCACGCCAGGGAACACGCUGCGGCAGACCUUCGAGAACCAGGUGAACCGCAUCCUCAACGACGCCCGCGACAAGACGGGGUCCUCCGCCCAAAAAUCCCUCUCCGAGUACAACAACUUCAAGUCCAUGGUGGUGUCGGGCGCCAAGGGCUCCAAGAUCAACAUCUCCCAGGUCAUCGCGGUGGUGGGGCAGCAGAACGUGGAGGGCAAGCGCAUCCCCUUCGGCUUCAAGCACCGCACGCUGCCCCACUUCAUCAAGGACGACUACGGCCCCGAGAGCCGCGGCUUCGUGGAGAACUCCUACCUGGCCGGCCUCACGCCCACCGAGUUCUUCUUCCAUGCCAUGGGCGGCCGCGAGGGGCUCAUCGACACCGCCGUCAAGACGGCCGAGACCGGGUACAUCCAGCGGCGGCUGAUCAAGUCGAUGGAGUCGGUGAUGGUGAAGUACGACGCCACCGUGCGCAACUCCAUCAACCAGGUGGUGCAGCUGCGCUACGGUGAGGACGGGCUGGCCGGGGAGAGCGUCGAGUUCCAAAACCUCGCCACCCUCAAACCCUCCAACAAGGCCUUCGAGAAAAAGUUCAAGUUCGACUACACCAACGAGCGGGCGCUGCGGCGCACGCUGCAGGAGGAGCUGGUCAAGGAGGUGCUGAGCAACGCCCACAUCCAGAACGAGCUCGAGCGCGAGUUCGAGAAGAUGCGGGAGGACCGCGAGGUGCUGCGCGUCAUCUUCCCCACGGGGGACAGCAAGGUGGUGCUCCCCUGUAACCUGCUGCGCAUGAUCUGGAACGCCCAGAAGAUUUUCCACAUCAACUCGCGCCUGCCCUCGGACCUGCACCCCGUCAAGGUGGUGGAGGGGGUGAAGGAGCUGAGCCGCAAGCUGGUGAUCGUCAACGGGGAGGACCCCCUGAGCCGGCAGGCGCAGGAGAACGCCACGCUGCUCUUCAACAUCCACCUGCGCGCCACCCUCUGCAGCCGCCGCAUGGCCGAGGAGUUCCACCUCAGCGGGGAGGCCUUCGACUGGCUCCUGGGGGAGAUCGAGUCCAAGUUCAACCAGGCCAUCGCACACCCCGGGGAGAUGGUGGGGGCGCUGGCGGCGCAGUCGCUGGGCGAGCCGGCCACGCAGAUGACCCUCAACACCUUCCACUACGCCGGCGUCUCGGCCAAAAACGUGACGCUGGGCGUGCCGCGCCUCAAGGAGCUCAUCAACAUCUCCAAAAAGCCCAAAACGCCCUCGCUCACCGUCUUCCUGCUGGGACAGAGCGCCCGCGACGCCGAGCGCGCCAAGGACAUCCUGUGCCGCCUGGAGCACACGACGCUGCGCAAGGUGACGGCCAACACGGCCAUCUACUACGACCCCAUCCCGCAGAGCACGGUGGUGGCCGAGGACCAGGAGUGGGUCAACGUCUACUACGAGAUGCCCGACUUCGACGUCAGCCGCAUCUCGCCCUGGCUGCUGCGCGUCGAGCUCGACCGCAAGCACAUGACGGACCGCAAGCUCACCAUGGAGCAGAUCGCCGAGAAGAUCAACGCCG